AUGGACCCGGAAGUUAGUAAACUGCUCGCGACGGUAACAAGUCUUGGCGAGACUGUAAAGAAGCAUGCAAUCACCGACAACGACAACUCCGCGAGCCGCGAGUCAAGGAGAGAGCUCCUGAGCGCGACGCGACAAUUGACCAACGAGCUGCAGAAUGAGGGCCAAAUUGUAGAAGGAUACCUUUACGGGACAAUCGACCCUCUGUUGAUCAAGAUGGGCAUUGACCUGGGCAUUUUUCGAACACUGGUUGACAGCUCUUCGCCCGUGACGUUGGGGGAGCUGGUGGCCGCUUCGGGCGCCGACGAGGUGCUACUAGCUCGCAUUAUGAGAGGGCUUUCAUCGAUUCAUGCGGUGAAUGAGGCUGGGAUCGAGCGGUAUGAGCCUAAUAAGGUUACUCGUGCUUUUACAACUGUCAAGGGCGAGUCAGGGAUGGAUGUUUUUCAUAACAUAAACCACCCCGGCUGGCAGUCUUUACCCCAAUGUCUUCGAGCGACAGACUACAGAAACCCCACAGAUCCAGCCCAGAUGUGGUUUGGCAGACAGUUCAACGGCGAGCCCUACUUCGACUGGCUGGGGAAACGCCCAGAGCUCCUCCAUUCUUUUCAUCAGUUCAUGUCAACCCAGCGAGACGGACAUGCUCACUGGCUUGAAUUUUAUCCAAUCCAGCAACAAUUGCUGCCUGGUUUUGACGCCGGGGAUCCUAAUGCCGUCUUUAUGGUCGAUGUAGGUGGUAGCGUAGGCCACGAGAUCCAGGAAGUCAAGAGACGCUAUCCAGACAUUCCAGGGCGCAUGGUACUGCAGGACGUGCCAGCCACAAUUGCGCGAGUAAUCCCAGAAAAUGGUAUGGAGGCUAUGGCCCAUGACUUCUUCACGCCAAACUCGAUCAAGGGCGCUCGAGCAUACUACCUCCGCAACGUGCUGCACGACUGGGACGACGACCGCUGCCGCGUGAUAUUGAAUCAUAUCCGAGACGCCAUGACGCCGGGAUAUUCUGUGCUUCUCAUCAAUGAGUUCAGCAUACCGCUCAAGGGCGCCUGUUCGUUCGCUACGCACUCCGACUUUAUGCUCAUGGCUAUCAAUGCUGCUGUAGAGCGGACUGAGCAGCAGUGGUACCACCUUAUGCAGUCGGUUGGCCUACAAAUAAAACAGAUAUGGUCACUAGAGCCGGACACUGAAAGUUUGCUGGAGGUCACACGUGGGGAUUAG